CAAUGACAGAAGAACAUAAAGAAAUCUGUGUUCUCAGAGUCUAAAAACCCCUCCCCUCGGUAAGUGGUGUGUGCCAUGGAUAUAUUACCUGAUGCGCCAGUUUCUGCCUGCAGAGCUAGCACUUAUAAUGGAUUCUUCAGGACAUCGUGUUGGCGGACUGGGUGAAGAAAAGCCCACUAACCCAGAAAUACAGGCGCUGUGUGACUCGGUAAAACAUGAUUUUGAGCAAAAAUCCGGGGUUAAUGCCGCAAAGUUUAUGGUCAUCUCCUUCAAAUCUCAAGUUGUUGCUGGAAUUUUCUACUUUGUGAAGGUGGAUCUUGGAGGAGGUCAGUUCUGUCAUCUGAAAAUAUUAGAACCUCUGCCUCAUACUGGAGAGAAAGCGACUCUGAGCGGCUUCAAGUGUGGGCUGAAGAAGGAGGAGCCCAUCUGUCAUUUCUAGAAAAUGUGUGGGGGGGGGGGAUUCAGCUCUGCAGAAAUUCAGGAAUUACAAGAAUUUUCUUUGCAAAUAAAGUAGAAAUCUAAAUUA